UCCGAAUCCUCCCUUCGCAUGCGGGAGAGCGGCUUCCCCGUGCCCGAAACCCUGGCGCGCUGGGAGCCGUCCAGGACGCGAGCCGGGGGAGGAGCGGGAGCGGGAGCGGGGCCGGCGCGCUGAGAGCCGUCCAGGACAGGACGCGACCUGGGGUUGCCGUGGUGGAAUGAAUACUUCAUGUGUCCUGCUGGGCAUGAGUGAAGUGACUUGGCAGCAGGAGUCGACGCGGAUGAUGCACGGGAGUACCGGCGGCGGGGCUGCUCCUGAAGGCAGCGUUGGAAACGGCAACAGCAACGACGGCAGCAGCCUGGUGUUGAGCGCGGCGCCACCAAGGGCCCUGGGCUCUGGCGCCACCCCGGCCAUCGCGUCUGGACACCCCGGUGCGCAGCCACUUAUGAGUGGUCGCUCGCAGGACGACGCCACGGUGGGUUACUUCUUCCAGCGGCAACCAGGCGAGCAGCUGGGCGGCUACUCAAACAAACACCGGUGGCCCACGGGUGAUGGAGUUCACAUUGAGCAUCAGGUUCGAUCUGUGGAUGAGAUGAAUCAUGACUUUCAAGCUCUUGCACUGGAGGGACGGGGAAUGAGCGAACUUUUACCUGCUAAUAAAUUCUGGGAAUCAGAUGAUUCAGCUAAAGAUAGCCAAAAAGGGAUUUUCCUGGGAGAUGAGUGGAGGGAUACUACAUGGGGAGCAUCUCGCCAUACUGUAUCACAGCCAAUCAUGGUUCAGAGAAGACCUGGCCAAGGUUUUCAUGGAAACAGUGAAGUCAGCUCUGUUCUGUCUCCCCGUUCUGAAAGUGGUGGUCUAGGAGUAAGCAUGGUGGAGUAUGUGUUGAGAUCUUCACCUGGUGAUAAACUGGACACUCGUUUUAGGAAGGGACCAUUUGGUGCUGGAGACACAGAGCCUGAUGAAAAUGACAAGGCUGAUCAGAAAGGGAAAUCAUCACCAUUCGAGGAAGAUAAAAAAAGAGAUCUGAAACAAGGAGAUGAUAUUUCCAAAGCUAAUGGGCUAGUUUUGCAGAAUGGAAUAGAUACAGAUUGCAAAGACUUCAAUCGUACUCCUGGAAGUCAUCAAGCCUCUCCCACAGAAGUGGCUGAACGCCUGGGUCCAAAUCAAAAUACUUCAGAAGGUUUAGUCCAAUUGUCUAAUACUACAACAAAUAAACCAUCUGGAGAAGAGUUUCAUAAUUCUGACACUCAAAGUUUAGACACCAUUGAGGCCGCAGUUGGCUUAGAUCAUUUGCAGUUUGACUAUUCAAGCGGUCAAGUAUCCAUGGACUCCUCAGCAGCAGCAGCUGUAGGUCUUUUUGACUACAACUCCCAGCAUCAGCUCUUCCAACGGCAAAAUGCACUGACAGUACAGCAGCUGACUGCAGCCCAACAGCAGCAGUAUGCACUAGCAGCAACACAGCAGCCACACAUAGCAGGUGUAUUUUCAGCAGGUCUUGCUCCAGCUGCCUUUAUGCCAAACCCAUACAUAAUCAGUGCAGCUCCACCAGGCACAGAUCCAUACACUGCAGCAGGACUGGCUGCAGCAGCUACUUUAGCAGGUCCUACCGUUGUCCCUCCUCAGUAUUAUGGAGUUCCAUGGGGUGUGUAUCCAGCUAAUCUGUUCCAACAGCAAGCAGCUGCAAACAAUUCUGCCAACCAACAGGCUGCAACACAGGCACAGCAAGGACAACAAGUUCUGCGAGGUGGAAAUCAGCGCCCACUCACUCCGAAUCAGGGUCAGCAGAGUCAACAAGCUGACUCGCUAGCAGCAGCUGCUGCAACCAAUCCGGCUCUGGCCUUUAGUCAAGGCCUUGCCACUGGAAUGCCAGGUUAUCAAGUUCUAGCGCCAGCUGCUUACUAUGACCAGACUGGCACCUUAGUGGUGGGACCUGGAGCAAGAACUGGAUUAGGGACACCAGUUAGGCUGGUAGCAUCGACACCAGUUAUCAUCAGCUCCGCUGCCGCACAAGCUGCUGUGGCAGCUUCAGCUAACGGAACAGCAAGCAAUUUAGCAGCAGCAGCAAAUGGUCUCUUCCGUCCAAUUGGAACACAACCACAACAGCAGCAGCAGCAGCAGCAACAAAGUAACAACUUGCAGUCAAGCUCGUUUUAUGGCAGCAGCUCCCUUUCAAAUAGUUCUCAGAGCAGUUCACUGUUCUCUCAAGGGCCAGGCCAGCCAAGCAACACAUCACUUAGCUUUGGGAGCAGUAACUCACUGGGUGCUGCUAUUGGCUCUGCACUUGGAGGAUUUGGAUCAGCAGUUGGCAGCUCUGGAAGCAGCAGUGUAUCAAGACGAGAUUCGUUGUCUACAGCUUCUGAUCUGUACAAACGGCCCAACAGCAAUUUGCCUCCAAUUGGACAACAGUUCUACAACAGCUUGGGAUUUUCUUCUUCGCCUGGUCCAAUUGGCAUGCCCCUUCCUAGCCAGACGCCUAGUCAUUCUUUAACACCACCUCCAUCUCUUUCCACACAGGGAUCGUCAUCUACUCUUCAUCUUGGUGGACUGACCAAUGGCAGCGGUCGAUUCAUUUCUGCAGCACCUGGUGCUGAAGCUAAAAGUCGUAGUGGAAUUGGUUCAACAAGUCUGUUCAGUUCUAGCAGCCAGCUGUUUCCUCCCUCUCGUCUUCGCUACAGCCGAUCUGAUAUUAUGCCUUCAGGCCGUAGUAGGCUGUUAGAGGACUUUAGAAAUAACCGUUUUCCUAAUCUUCAGUUACGUGACCUGGUUGGCCACAUAGUUGAAUUCUCCCAGGACCAACAUGGGUCUAGAUUCAUUCAGCAAAAAUUGGAGCGAGCCACCCCUGCAGAACGCCAGAUGGUUUUCAGUGAAAUCCUGCAAGCAGCAUAUCAGCUGAUGACUGAUGUGUUUGGAAAUUAUGUAAUACAGAAGUUCUUUGAGUUUGGAAGUUUGGAUCAGAAGCUAGCUUUAGCCCAGCGUAUCCGUGGCCAUGUUUUACCUUUGGCUCUCCAGAUGUACGGUUGUCGUGUUAUUCAGAAGGCUUUAGAAUCCAUUUCAGCAGACCAGCAGGUAAUUAAUGACAUGGUAAAAGAAUUAGAUGGACACGUUUUAAAAUGUGUUAAGGACCAAAAUGGAAACCAUGUUGUUCAAAAGUGUAUUGAGUGUGUGCAACCACAGUCACUCCAGUUCAUCAUUGACGCUUUUAAAGGACAGGUAUUUGUCUUGUCCACGCAUCCUUAUGGUUGUCGAGUUAUUCAGCGUAUUUUGGAGCACUGCACACCUGAGCAGACUCUUCCAAUCUUAGAGGAACUGCAUCAGCACACUGAACAAUUAGUGCAGGAUCAGUAUGGAAAUUAUGUCAUCCAGCACGUUUUGGAGCAUGGGCGCCCUGAAGAUAAGAGCAAGAUCGUUGCUGAAAUAAGGGGGAAAGUUCUUGCUCUAAGUCAGCAUAAGUUUGCCAGCAAUGUUGUCGAAAAGUGUGUCACUCAUGCCUCUCGUACUGAACGUGCUUUAUUGAUCGAUGAGAUCUGCUGUCAGAAUGAUGGUCCUCAUAGUGCCUUAUACACAAUGAUGAAAGAUCAAUAUGCUAACUAUGUGGUUCAGAAGAUGAUUGAUGUGGCAGAACCAGCUCAGCGUAAAAUCAUCAUGCACAAGAUUCGUCCUCAUAUUACAACCUUACGAAAAUACACUUAUGGAAAACACAUCUUAGCCAAACUGGAAAAGUAUUACAUGAAGAAUACCACUGAUCUGGGGCCAAUUGGAGGACCGCAAAAUGGAAUACUCUAAGUUUUUGAUUUACACAAGAAGUAUAUUAAACUGUGCUACUUAAAUAUUGGGUGUACGAAACAAUGAAGGCCUUAAUAGUGGAGAGACAAAAUAACAUUUUAUUGUUGCAUUUUUUAAAAUUAAUUGUAAAUUGUAUAUUUUACCAAUCAAUUGCAACUCGUGUCGAAGUCCUGAGUCUGUGCAUUUGGUUUCUUCUUGCUGCCAGGUUGUGGGAAAACUUGGGUAAAGUACAGAUUGUAUAAAUUUAACAUAAUUGUAUUGAACAAAAUUGUGCAUGCUGUAAAUUAUAUCUUGUAAAAUCAUUUGUUUUAUUUUGUAAAGAAUUUUAUAUUUCUUUAGAUUAACUUUAAAUUCAGGUAGUUUUAGAUACUUUUCAGGCCCAGUUGAUUAGUUUAACUUUUGGGGGAGAUGCUAAUUAAAAUACUAUAUUAAUCAAAACAGGAUGAAGUUAAAUUGUACUUCAGCAAAUGCUUGUUGACUCCAAUAUUUAAAUAGCACAACAAAUGGUUUUGGUUUGUUGAAAUUUGAUGUAAUUCAGGGAAGUGCUUAAAUGACAGGCUGAUAUGUAAUGUUACUCCUGAUGUUUAUUUUACUAUGGAGAUGUCGAUACUUGAUAGGGUUUUAUUUUUUGAGAUAAACACUGCCCUGUUUUUCUACUUCAGCAAUGUAUAGCAGUGAUGUAUAUACAUACGUAUGUAUUUAACCAUUGGACAACGUGGCAGUUAAGGAAUCAUUGUAAUACGCAUAACCUAAAUGUAAAAAUUGCCUGAAAAGUUGAUUUUUUUUCUCUAUCAAAAUUUGGCUUUUCAGUCUAUUUUGCAAAGAUUUGAAGGAAUUUGUAUUUUUAAAUUACUAAUGUAAGGAAGUGUAUGGAUGUGUGGCAGUUUGAUUUUUACUUUUUCAAUUUAAAAAAAAAAUUAGAAAUCUUGUGCAGAUUUGAAAAUUAAUGGGUCAUUAAAGGCUGGUCUUGGUAGCCCAAAAUAACGCAUGUAAAAAUAAUGAAACUUGUUUCACUUCUAAAUACAUAGUGUAUAUGUGUAGAUUUCCAAUUUAUAGAUGUAAGUUUACAAUUUGUAAACAAGAGAAUCUGCAAUUUCAGUGUUUAAUCACAAGCUUGGCUAACUUGGUAGUAAUACAUAGUUUGAUUGUAAAAUUGUACAUUUGUAAACCUGAUGCUGUAAAUGUUAAGAAGUCUUUUACCCUUCAGAAAACAAAGUUUGCAUCUUAAUGUACAUUCACUAACUUGCUCCCCUUCCCUUGCAGAGUGUUGUAUAAUGUAAAGUUCUUUAAAUCAAAAGUGAUUUUUUAAAAACUAUCUUUCUAUGGCUUAAAAGAUGAACUGGCUUUUUAUCUAUUAGGACAAUAUGUUUUGUUUAUAACUGUAGCUAAUGAUAUUCUGUUCAUAUGGUAAAUUUUGAAAAAUUUACAAUCGUAAUGUUUCCUUGUUUCAGUGAAAGUUGUGCAUAGUAAAAUUGAAAAAAUUAGACUGAGGCAUCCAGUUACCAUGGAAACCAAAAUUACUUUCCAUCUCAAAAGUAAAUCCUUUUUGUACAGAAAGUACUGUAUUUUGGAAUUGUCAAUCUUAGUAAGUGGAAGUAUGUAUGAUAUUGUCAAAUUUUUAUUUGAAGAUGUGGUUGUAACACUACAUAUAGAUGUACAUUUUACAGGAGGCCUUAUGUACAUUUCCUGAUGAAGUUUUGCAGGCAGAAUUGCAAUCGUAUAUAAUUAAUAGUUAUUUGUAUUCUUUGCAUCUGGAAAUAUUUUGAAACGUGCUUUGUAUAUUCAGUUUCUGAAAGAUAAGAUUGUGAUUGUACUUUAGUGAUACUUGAAAAGUCAGUAUUUUGUAUAAACAGAAUGACUUUUGGAUUUGGAACAAUUGGGAAUUAUUUAUCUUAAUGCCUUUGGAUGUGAUGUCCUUAGCAUUGAAGAGAUAAAAGUUGUUUUCAUUAGGGCUGUGCAGUCAUUUUUUUAAAAUUUGUACUAAAAAUCAUUGAACUUAAAUUAUUCAAACUAGUUCAUAUUUCAGUGUUAAAUUUUUAAUAUUUGAUUAUUUUAUACUAUUAGUUUAAAGUCUUUUCAUGCUAUGACAUCUGUAUUUUUCAAUUUCGGUGUACUUUGGCUCUUCGCUUCCUAGCUUUUCAAUUGCUUUGCAGACUUUAACCUUGUUUGAGAGCUGCAAAAAAUUAAUCAUCAGGAAAAAUCAUGUUGGCCAUGUUUAGAUAAUUGGCUGUUAGCCUACAGUGUGCAUAGUCCUGUAGGCAUGUUAAUAACAUCAGUCAGUGCAGCCCUAGUUUCCAUGGCAGCUAUUUAUUUGCUGUAUUAAGGAGGUCACUUUGUGAGGAUUGUGCUCUAGUUUUAGUUUUGGGUAGUGUGAGUCCAGGUGAAAAAGCUGAUGAAGUUUUAAUUAGAUUUGAUAUCAAAUGAACAAAACCACUAGAGAAUGCUCUGACAUUUCCUUGUAGUUGAUGGACCAUUUUUUUUUGUUACAAGGUCUGCCUCCUGGCUCCUUGGUGGUUAAGACAGACUAAUCUUACAUUCAUUGUUGUAUAUGCUGUACAUAAAAGAUGUCAAUAACGUAUGAAUUAAACUUGUUUUGUUUUCCGUAUGAAAAUGUUUUUAUUUC